AUGGCGUCCUGGAUCCUAACCCUCCCAGGAGCAUGUCUAGACGCAAACACCACAAGUACCAACUUCGCAGCCCUGGCGAUGUACCUCCUAACCUCCGUCCUCAUGGUAACGACCCACGACGGCCUCCUUGUGGAAUGGCUCCUCUGUCCCCGCUGGCCUAUCUGGUACCGUCAACGCGGGCCCGAUGCCAGGCCAGACCUCGUGGCGGCGAGGUUGACGGCGAUUGAGCUGGGGAAAGAUAUUGUCAUUUCGCCGCCUUUGAUCGUGGCUAUGGUUUGUAUGACGUUCGCGCUUUAUGCGCAGCACGUUCUGUCUAUGGUCCUGUUUGUUCUUCAUACGGGAGCGGCGGUGGUGAAUGUACGAUAUACGUCUGCUUUUGGGCUGUGGCGUCCGAGGCUGUUUGGCUUGCGUAGUGCGAUUUGGAGGGUUCGAGAUCUGCUUCAUCCUUAG